AUGGCACUCCUCUCCGCCGCUGCUGCUGCCGCCGCCGCCGUGUCCGGCAUGUACUUGGACGCCAAAUACUCGAUCGGCGAGGACGUGGAACAGAUGCGGGCGGGCAAACGCAUGCAGAAGCACGUCGAACAUUUGUACCGGCUGCACGGCGAGGAUGACUGGUCGUUCUACCACGUACUACACUCGACCUACGAGGCCAACCACCACAUUGACAGUGACAGCGGCCGCGCACAGGCUGAGGCCCUGGUGUUCGAGGAGCGCAGCUGGACCUACCGUCGGCUGCGCGAGGAAAUCGGCCGGUGGGCACAGGUGCUGCAGCAGCGUCUGGGAGUGCGCAACCGCAUGGUGGUCGGGCUGUUCAUCAACAACUCGCCCGAGUUCAUCUUCACCUGGUGGGCGCUGCAUAAGCUCGGGGCCAUCCCGGCACCCAUCAACACGUCGGUCACGGGCGACCAUGUCAAACACUGUCUCAAGGUCAGCGAGGCCGAGAUGCUCAUCUCCACCUACGAACUGGCCGCCGUCGUGGGCCAGACGUUCAACUUGAAUUUCCACUCCAACUUGGACCAGAACAACAGCCACAGCCCAGGCACCGAUGGUUCUAUCACGCCUGCUGCUUUCCCCCUCAACCCGUCAUGUCCGCGCCUCAGAUGUAUCGUCCUGUACGACCACAACACAUACCCAGCACCAGAUCAGCAGUGGACGUCAAGUAAUGGUGAUGACAAUGGCAAUGGCAAUACCAUCUCCAUCUCCGUGAUCCGACACGACGACCUCCCUCCUGUGGUGCCAGAAAUGGGCGAUUUCCCUGCGGCGUCCCGGCCCAAAGUGCUGCACACCGACCCAUGCCAGUACCUCUUCACUUCCGGCACGACGGGACUGCCCAAGGCACUGAUGUGGCCGGCGGGCUACAGUCUCUCGGCGACGUGUGCGGGCCGCUACCCGGGCAUGUACGACAAGCCACGCCGGUUCUACAUCUGCCUGCCCAUGUUCCACGGCACGGCGGCGUUUGCAGCGAUGCCACCCACGCACGCCACGUCCGGCACCAUCAUCCUGGCGCGGCGAUUCUCCCGGCGCGAGUUCUGGGCGGACGUGCGGCGCUCCCGGGCCAAUGCCAUCCUGUAUAUUGGCGAACUGCUGCGCUAUCUCGUGCAGGCUCCACCCGACCCUCGCUUUCCGGACGAGAAGGACCACGGCGUCGAAUUGGCCUUUGGCCUGGGCCUGUCGCCCACAGUGUGGCGCAGCGUGCGCGAGCGGUUUGGCAUCCCCUGGAUCGUAGAGUACUACUCGGCCAGCGAGUCCACCACGUCUCUGGUCAACUCGAACCGGAACGACCGCGGCAUCGGUAAGGUCUCGCAUUGGGGCCCGCUGAUGCGCCGCUUUGGCCAGGACACCUUUUACAUUGUCCGCACCGAUCUUGAAACGGGCGACAUUUGGCGAGACCCCAAGACGGGUUUCUGCCAAAAGACCCGCCCCGGCGAGGUCGGCGAGUCUAUCUGCCGCAUCGCCCCGCCCGUGCAGAAGAGACACGAUUACGUCGGCGAAGGCGGCAGCGAGGCCACGGAGAAGAAGGUGUUGAGAAACGUGUUUGCCAAGGGGGAUGAAUUCUUCCGGUUGGGAGAUGCCAUGGUCAUUGACCACGAAGGUUACAUCUCCUUCCACGACCGGCUAGGCGACACGUACCGGGCCAAAGGCCACAACAUCUCCACCACCGAGGUCGAGAGCUGUCUGGGGCGCCACCCCAACAUCGCCUCAGUCAAUGUCUACGCCAUCCCCAUGAACCGCUACGGAUAUGAUGGCCAACUAGGUUGCGCGGCCAUUACUUUUCGAGAGGGUCACAGCGAGACCAAUAACACCAAUAACACCAGCACCAUCGAACUCGACACGGUCCGCCAGCUGGAGAAAUGGGCCACCACUAACGAAACUGCCUCCUUGCCAUCAUACGCUGUGCCGCGGUUCCUACGCGUGCUCGUCUCUACAAAUACAGGACUAGAUGGCGCUAGUGGCGGUGCUGGUACUGGUGCUAGUGCUGGUGACGCAGACAGGGUGUCUCCGAUCAUGAAGAAGUUGAAAACUGGGCUUCGUCAAGAAGGCUUUUCAUUACCCUCCACCACCAAGGACAGAAUCUACUGGAUCGAAAAGGAAGGGAGUGGCUAUGUUCCGUUGACCAAGGAGGCCGAGCAGCUUCUCCUUUCCGGCAAGGCUCGGUUAUAG